AUGAGCACGGCCGCCGCCAUGCCGCGCGAGCUCUCGGCCGCCGAGCAGGCCGAGGCCGAGGCCCAGCGCGCCUGGGAGAGGGAGAUGGAGCUCGCCAUGGAGAGCCGCGGGCGCACGCGCAGCCGCUCCAUCCUCGCGGACGACGAGCCGCAGCGCAAGGACCCCGAGGAGCUCGCGUACGACGCGCGCCGCUCGCGCGCGCGCUGCUUCAGCUCGCGCGAGGUGGGCGCGGAGGACGCGGACGCGCGCGUGCAGGAAGAGGCCGACGCGGACGCGCGCUCGCGCCGCAGGAGCUGCUCGUUCUCGGCGCUGGAGCCGCCGCGCGGCCUCGCGCGCGAGGAGAGCGAAGACGAAGACGGAGAGGAGGACGCGGCCAAGCGCGCGGCGUCGCUGUCCAAGAUCUACCUGGCCGGCUCGGCGCCCGUGGACGUGUCGAAGCUGCAGGACGACAGCAAGAUCGUGGGCGUCAAGAAGGUGGAGGUGGUGCAGCCCACGGGCGCGCUGUCCGCCGCCGCGCUGGACGCGCUGUCCGAGGGCCUGCAGCUGAGCGUGGACAACAGCCCCAUGCCCCCCACGGACACGCAGCUCACGGAGGAGCAGCUGGAGGAGAAGAAGAUGGAGGAGGAGGAGGACCACAAGCUCAAGGCCGAGAAGCUGUCCGCGCGCAGGUCGCUGUCCGUGCGCGCCUCGAUGUUCCGCAACAAGAUGUUCAAGAGCACGUCCAGGCUGCUCAACAGCGAGGAGGGCGUCAAGCAGCAGGCCGCCAGGGCCAGCGUGGCCGCGGACAAGCUCACCGCGGAGGUCGUGGCGGACGCGGUGCCCGUUGCGCCCAAGAAGAAGCACAAGCUCAAGCUGCUGCUGCUCGGAGAUAGCGGCGUUGGUAAGACGAGUUUGAUGCGCGUGUUCUCCGGAGACGAGUUCUCCGAGUCGAUGCUGGCAACCGCUGGUGUGGAUUUCAAGCUCCGACAUAUUAACGUCGCGGACGAGGCGAUCACGCUUCAGAUUUGGGAUACCGCAGGUCAAGAGCGCUUCCACCGCAUCACUGCUACAUAUUACAAGGGCGCGAAUGGUAUUGUUCUGGUGUACGACGUCAGCGAUAGACGAAGCUUCGACAAUGUGGGCUACUGGAUGAACAACAUCCGCCAGUACUCGACCCCGACACAGAUGCCAGCCAUGUUGCUCGUGGGGAACAAGAUCGAUCUGCCGAACCGCGUAGUGUCGCUGGAGGAGGGCCAAGCGGCUGCAAGCCAGUACGGCUGCCGAUUUAUUGAAACGAGUGCUAAGACGUCAGAGAACACUAAUGGAGCGCUGGAGACUAUUGCGCGCGACGCCUUCCUCAUCAGCGUCAAUCAAAAUGGUAAUGGACCGGGAGAAGACGCUGGCUGGGCGCCGCAACAAGGAAAACUGCGUCAUCCAGUAAAGAGACCGACGCCGUUCUCGCUUUCACACCCGUCCCCCCCUGGGAGGACGGACCCCACAUUUUCCACGACAAAAGUCAACUCUUUCCGAGCACCCCCACAACAGAGGUUGUACCAGCAUGCCGACUCGCCGUCUCACUCGGCGCAGCGACGAAGUAGACGAGGCAGCGGCGACUUGGCAGCGAACACAAGACACGAGCGACACACGAAGGCGCGCGGUGUGCAUGCAUUCCGCCCAAACCGGCCUGAAUCCCAUCAACAACACCCCCCGCCACUCAGCACGAAACAAUACCUGAGAGCAAAAGGACGACCGACAGACAAAAGAGAGAGCGAGUGCUGCCAAACUUCAGGGGUAGACAAAGGCCGAACGGAGCACACACUGGCAGGCCGAUAUUUAACCGAUUGCGGCUGA